AUGCUCCUCGGUCUCCUCGUCUUUCUCGUCACUACCCUCGUCGCCUAUGUCGCAGGUCAUGUCCUAGGUUUGCGCCGGAGGAACACAAAGCACCGCACCCAACUAUUCUCGGAGCUAGGCUUGGAGGAGUCGAGCUCGAAGCGGAUUGUGGGCUUCUUCCAUCCAUACUGUAAUGCUGGCGGAGGUGGCGAACGUGUCCUAUGGGCCGCGAUACACUCAAUCCAACAAAAUGAGCCAGACAUUGUGUCUGUCGUCUACAGCGGCGACGUAGACGCAACUAAGGAUGUCAUCAUAUCGAAAGUCAAGGCGCGCUUUGACAUCGAGCUAUCCCCCAAAUCACUGCACUUUGUCUUCUUGGAGUCCCGAAGGCUGGUUGAGGACUCGACGUGGCCUCGAUUCACCUUGUUGGGGCAGAGUUUGGGCUCUAUGUUCCUUGCAUGGGAAGCGAUGUCUUGCCUCAUCCCAGACCUCUUCAUAGACACAAUGGGAUAUGCUUUCACGUUUCCAGUGGUGUCGCUCCUGGGCAACAUACCCGUUGGCGCAUAUACGCACUAUCCGACUAUCAGCACUACCAUGCUGUCAAGAGUGAAGGCUCGGUCGGCAGGUCAUACAAACUCGGAAGCCAUUUCCUCGUCAGUCAUUCUGAGUAACGGCAAACUUCUGUACUAUCGCAUUUUCAUGUAUUACUACGCCUAUUCCCUCCGUCAAGCUCGCUUCAUCAUGGUCAACUCAACAUGGACCAAGGACCAUGUCGACUCGAUCCUCAACCACAUUCCUUUCACGCCGACGAUCGGAGUGCCCAAAGCUACUCAAGUCGUCUACCCGUCAUGCGACACCCAGCAAAUGGCAGCAUUCCCCUUUGAGGGGCGGGAACGCAUGGUACUAAGCAUUGCGCAGUUCAGGCCAGAGAAGGACCACCCUGUCCAGUUACGCUCGUUACAUUCCCUGCUCGGGCAACAUCCGGAAUACCGGGGCGAAGGUCCUUCUGCCGCAAAGCUGGUUAUGGUUGGUGGGAGUCGGAAUGCCGGGGACGCGGCAAGAGUAGAAAGUCUACGGGCUCUCGCGAAAGAGCUUGGCAUAGAGGACCAAGUCCAAUUCGUGGUCAACGCGCCCUUCCCCGAGAUGCUCAGUCUUCUCUCCCGCGCAAGCGUCGGGUUGAACACGAUGGUUGAAGAGCAUUUCGGGAUCAACGUCGUUGAAUUCAUGGCCGCUGGUGCUAUACCCGUGGCCCACGCAUCUGGUGGUCCUCUCCUUGACAUCGUCGUGCCCUACAACGGCGAGCGAACUGGAUUCCACGCAAACUCCCCCGAGUCGUUCGCGGAGGCGUUCCACACCGUCUUCACGCUGCCUCCAGAAGCUGAUUUGGCGAUGCGUCACCGAGCAAGAACAUGGGCGGUGCAGAAGUUCUCCGAAGCUGAGUUCGAGAAGGGGUGGAAUGCGAGCGGAUGGCGGAAGUGGUUGUAG